AUGGCUGUCUUCUCUCGCAUCGCCGACCUGCCCAAGGCACAGCAAAAGCUCAGCGACGAUCUCCUUGCGGUCCUCGCCCAGCGCAACUACCAAGCCGACCCUCCCACCCUCCAGGAGAUGCGCAAGACCCUCUGGGAGAAGGUGUUCUCUGGUGGCUGGUCCACCGAGGCCAAUAACGAGAGCCCGGGCCUGCCUCGCAAACGCACCAGUGAAGAGACCGCCCUCUAUAUCGGCACCUUGAACGAGGACGUGCCGAUCAAAUCCAAAGGAAACGUUGUCCCGGACUACCGUCGCGCUCGGCAGCCUGUCAUGUUCAAGGCAUCUUUCCAAUUCGGCGGAAAGCUUGCUUUCUACUGGGUCGACGCCCAUUUCCAGAAGGUUCCUGCUGAAUCUGUCGACAUCGAUGGCAAUAUGUCGUAUGCGGACAUCAAGGGAAUGGUAGCGUCACACUAUGAUGCUAAUGAGGUCGACCGAGUUGGAGAAUGGAACUGGGAGAAGGUGGUCCACUGGACCCGUCAUCGUGUCACGAUUGUCGCUCGCCGCACCAACGCUGGCGUAGGCGUAAUUGGCGUCCGACCCAGACCCCUCCCCGACAUCGAGGAAGACUUGGGAGAACUCCAGCAGAUUAGACUUGCGGAGCCGUGCUUGCGUGAUGAGGAGGAGGAGGAAGAGUAG